AUGGCUGAGAAUUCCCAAUCUCAGCCAGAGCAAUCAGUGUCAGGACAGAACAAAGCUAGUCCCGACACACCACCAUGCCGAAAGCGACUCCAACACGAUGCCUAUACCAUCGGAUGGGUGUGCGCCCUUCCAAAAGAACAAACAGCAGCCAGAGCCAUGCUAGAUGAAGAGCACGAACCUCUCCCGACCUCUCGAAAUGAUCAUAACGCAUAUACUCUUGGCUCGAUACGCGGCCACAACGUCGUCAUAGCCUGCCUACCUAACAUGGGAACCAAUUCUGCCGCAACCGUCGCGACCUCAAUGAUCAACACGUUCCAAUCAAUCAGGUUCGGGCUUAUGGUAGGGAUUGGCGGCGGAAUUCCGUCAAAGGUCAGUCUGGGUGAUGUGGUGGUCAGUCAACCUGUUGCUGACUAUCACGGGGUGAUACAAUGGGAUAUGGGGAAGCUGGAACGGGAUGGGCGGUUUGUCCACACGGGCUCGCUGAACCGACCUCCGAACGCGCUACUCAAUGCCUCGAACCAGCUGAAAAGUAACCAUGAGAUGUACAGAUCAAAGAUAAAUGAGUACCUGGACGAUAUGGAAAGGAAAUUCCCGCGGCUAGCGCCAAAAUAUACGCGGUGUGAGGCCUUGCAAGACCCAUUAUUGGUAUCCGAGCGGUUCCGGACUCCGAGGGAAGUCUAUUUCCUGUCUUGGUUGUGGCAGGCGAUCAUCGCGAUUAUCGCAUAUCUUCUUGGUUCAUGGGCCAUUAAUCCGGUAAAUGAGGAGAAUGUGCGGGUAUCAGAGAAGGCAGAGGGUGCAAGGGCCCCAAGAGAUGUCAGGGUACACUAUGGCCUGAUCGCAUCCGGGAACAAAGUGAUUAAGGAUGCCCAAUCCCGAGACCUCCUUGACAAAAAAUACGGCGGGCACUUACUAUGCGUGGAGAUGGAGGUAGCUGGACUCAUGAAUGACUUCCCAUGUAUUGUUAUCCGAGGCAUUUGUGACUACGCGGACUCGGGAAAAGAGAAAACCUGGCAAGAAUAUGCUGCAGCCAUGGCCGCUGCGUACGCAAAGGAACUUUUGGGAUGUGUUCAGUCUAGUGUUGUUAAUGCCGAGGAUCCAGCAAAGGCUAUAUUGGAAAAGGUGCAACUGCAGAUCGAUAGCAUGCAGCAGACAACAGCCGCAACAAGAGCUACUGCAGAUUCUAUCAGAUCUGACCUUCAUACCAGUGAGAUCAAGCGCUGGCUUUGUCCCCCGGAUCCAUCUUCAAACGCCAGCCAUGCUAGGACGCUCCGCCAUGAGGGGACUGGCGCGUGGCUGCUCGAAUCCCCCGUCUUCCAAGAGUGGCACUCGGGGUCACGUCGACAGUUAUGGCUGCACGGGCUCGCGGGGUGUGGAAAGUCGGUUCUUAGUACCACUGUGCUUGAUCAUCUCGCGAAGAGAGACGACAAUCUUAUCCUCAGCUUCUUCUUUGACUUUAGUGACGUUGCAAAACAGACAUUGGAAGGCAUGCUGCGCUCGCUUGCUUUCCAACUUUACGACGGCGGGGUGGACUCUGCUAAUCAUCUCGAUGCUUCGUUCCAGGCACACCGAAAUGGCAGCGACCAACCUACGAUCAAGGUGCUCCGGGGUGUUAUUUCCAAGAUGCUUGUAGCCCAGAGAAAGGUCACUAUUGUUCUGGACGCAUUGGACGAAUCAAAAACAAGGAAAGACGUGCUAGAAUAUAUCGAGAAUAUGGUAUUAAACCCAGAUUUGGUGCAUGUCCAGCUUCUUCUUACCGGUCGACCUGAAUCCGAGUUCCUGCGCGACAUCCCCCCUUUGAUCGGGAAGCAAAACUGUCUACCACUUGAUAAGCAAGCUGUUAACUCCGAUAUCCGAUCGUGGGUCACAGCACAACUCUCUCAACGGCGUGAUUUUAUACAAAAGCCUUUGUCACAAAGCCUCCUGGAAGACAUCCGGAAAAAGGUUGGCGACGGCGCCGACGGGAUGUUCAGGUGGGCAUUUUGUCAGUUAGACAGCCUGGCAGAAUGUCCUCACGAGGAAGCCAUGGAGGAGGCUCUCGAAUCUUUACCAGGGGAUCUUGAUAAGACGUACGAGCGCAUGCUCGAAAGCAUACCAACGGAGCGCAAAAGUGAUGCGAUACGACUCCUACAAUUCCUUGUGCACUCCAAACGACCUCUAACGCUGGCCGAAGUUAAAGAAGUGAUAGCGACGAAGAUUGAAAACGACUCACAACGGUUUUAUAUGAAACGUCGACUAUUUUGCGAGACUGAAAUUUUGACGUACUGUCCCGGCUUAGUGACAGUCGUUCAUGCCAAAGAUAAAGAGUUACAUCUUGCCCACUUUUCCGUGAAAGAGUACCUUCUUGGACGUAAUAAGUUCAAGGUUACGGCUGCAAGCAUUUGCAUUACGAGGACGUGCUUGACAUAUCUUACGGACAUCAACGGUAGCGAAAGAGAGAUAAAGCAUAACUUUCCAAUGGCAGCAUAUGCGGCCGAGGUCUGGGCGUGCCAUGCUGCGUUGGCUCAAAUCUACGAUGAGGUUGUUCGAAUGAUAGUCAGCUUCCUCAAAGAGGAAACCACAUUCCAGCGAUGGGCCCGGUUGCAUCAGGCUGAUAGGAGUUGGGACAAGAGCCCUGGUGCUCCGCGAGGCUCUAGACUUUACUAUGCUUGCUUAAAUGGGCUUGAUGUUCCUGCACUCGAGUUUAUUGACAGGGGAGCAGAUGUCAACGCGCAGGGCGGCAGCUAUGGCAACGCUCUCUAUGCUGCCUCCCAGGGAGGCUAUCAAGAGAUUGUCAAGCUGCUUUUGAACAAAGAGGCAGAUGUCAACGCGCAGGGCAGUGAGUAUGGCAACGCUCUCCAGGCUACCUCCCAGGGAGGCCAUCAAGAGAUUGUCAACCUGCUUUUGAACAAGGGAGCAGAUGUCAACGCGCAGGGCGGCAGCUAUGGCAGCGCUCUCUAUGCUGCCUCUGAGGGAGGCUAUCAAGAGAUUGUCAAACUACUUUUGAACAAGGGAGCAGAUAUCAACGCGCAGGGCAGCGAGUAUGGCAACGCUCUCUAUGCUGCCUCCCAACAAGACCAUCAUUUUCUUUUACAAUCUGUCACCAAAAUGAAGAUAAGUAGGUAA